AUGGCUGGAGAAAACGCUGAGAGCGUCCAAACGCGCACGUUCGAUUCUGUGACUUUGGACGGCCGCGAAAAUCCUCUCACAUUCACGUCCGUGCGAAAAUGGUCUUGCACCAUCCUAGUGACUGUGAUGACUGCCGUAAUAGCCUUUUGCUCUUCAAUCCAUACUGCCGCAAUCAGCAGCGUGCAGGAAACCUUCUCUUCCUCGCGUACCGUCUCGACUCUUGGCGUCACUACGUUCCUGCUCGGCUUUGGCUCUGGACCCUUGCUUUUCGCGCCUCUCUCCGAGGUGUACGGUCGUAAUCUGGUCUACCGCGCCACUCUAUUGCUGUUCGUGCUAUUUAAUCUCGGUUGCGCCUUAUCGCCCAAUAUAGAAGCCUUGUUGAUAUUUCGCUUUCUGUGCGGUUUCUUUGGUUCCCCAACUGUCACCAAUUCGGGGGGCUCACUCACGGACAUUUGGCCUUCAAGCCAUCGUUCUGUUCCUCUUGCCCUGUUCACCGCAGCAAGUUUCCUUGGCCCUGUCUUCGCCCCUAUCGUUGGAGCCUUUAUUUGCCAAUAUACCUCCUGGAGAUGGUGCUAUUGGGUGGUUCUCAUACUGGGUGCUACCGUCUAUGUCUGCAUGUUCGCAUUUCUCCCUGAAACCUAUGCACCCCGACUAUUACAGCUCAAAGCGCAGCGGCUAGGUAUAGAGUAUUCUCGAAUCAGUCUCAAGGUGAUGAUCAAGACUAACCUUACCCGGCCCUGUAUUAUGUUCUUCACUGAGCCCAUAUUAUUUCUCUUGUCCUUGUACAUGGCAUUUCUCUAUGGUAUCCUAUACCUUGACUUCACUGCAUACCCCUAUGUCUUCCAAGAGAUUAGACACUGGACGCCGGGAAUCUCCGGGUUGACAUUCCUUGGAAUUGGAAUUGGUAUGGCCCUUGCCUCCGCCUCUUCGCCGUAUAUCAACCGUAUAUAUAGCUACUACGUACGGAAGCUGGGGAGCCAUACCCCUGAAGCUCGGCUUCCCCAUCUCGUCAUCUUGGCUUGGCUGAUCCCUAUUGGACUUUUCUGGUUUGCUUGGACUUCAUCCGCAUCAAUUCACUGGGCGAGCUGCGUCGUGGCGGGCGUACCCUUCGGGAUUGGCUUCGUGACGCUGUUCUUAGGCAUCACCUCAUAUCUUAUUGACUGCUACGGACGCUACGCCGCAAGUGCAUUGGCUGCUAAUGCAAUUCUACGGUCCUUGUUUGGUGCAGUAUUUCCGCUGUUCUCCCGGCAGAUGUACGAGAAUCUUGGGACGGCUUGGGGGACUUCAGUCUUGGGAUUCGUGGCACUUGCGAUGACGCCAAUGCCGUAUGUGUUCUACCACUACGGACCCAAGAUCAGAGCUCGCUCGGCUUUCCACCGUAUGACAAUGGACUUGGAUAAAAUAGCAGAGGAGCGUGAGGGACUACGGAGCGCGUGA